AUGACUGAUUCAAUCUGAAACCAGAGACGUGGGGUAAACCUGCAGCAACAUGACUGAUUCAAUCUGAAACCAGAGACGUGGGGUAAACCUGCAGCAGCACGACUGAUUCAAUCUGAAACCAGAGACAUGGGACUGUCUCACAACGUGUUCCAGCAGCAAGAGGAUGCUGAGAUGGAGGACCUGAAACAGCGGUGUCAGGAAUCAGUCCUGGGCAGAGUGCGGAGGAUACUCAGCGUUCAGGAGCCCCUGGACUCCACCCUGCACAGACCCACCUUCUAUAGGAGGAGCAGCGAGCUGUCCAGCGUCUUCUUUCCUCUUGGGGACCACGUCCCCCACGCCCGCCGGCCCUUCUUCGGCAUGGAGGAGCGGGGCCACAGAUUGCAUCGCUUUGGCUCCCGAGACGGCAACGUGAUGCCUAACGUGGAGCACCUGUCCACACUGAGAGAGACGAGCAGCCCCGACUCCCCCGCCACACAGGUCUCCUCCCCGGUGUUCGAGGAAAUCCCCGUGGUCAUCGUCACCUCACCUGACACAAACACAGACACAAUCGCUGGCUCAUCGCCCAGCAACCAGAACGCACACAACAUGGAGGGUGCAGGACCUGAUGAGAAGGUAGUGGCACGGCCACCACAGAGCAGAGCGGGGGCCAGGGCAACCCCGGAGAACACACCCGAGGGUUCGGGGGUGAGAGAGCAUGUGAAGAAAUCCUCCUGCAGCCACAGGUGGAGCGUACCCCUGCUCAAGAAGACAAGGAAGAGCCGGCGGCUCUCCAGUCAGCGCUCGAAGGACUCUCUGCGCAGUCUGCCGAGCCCCAAGCCACUGGCAGGGAGGAGGCGUCUCUAUGGGGCUGACUAUGAUGCUGCUGCUGAGUCUCUGCCAGUGAGGAACGUGAGCCAAGCAGGGCUGCGGGAGACUGAUAUCUUUGAGUCAACCAGCGAAGAGAAUAUCGAUCAGACAAGAGAUUAACGGCAUUAAACCACAGUGCUUACUUUGAAUGACCUUUAUCUGAGUUAGCCCACCCAUUAUCAAGAUAUACCCGGCCAUGUGGUUAGGGCCCAGUUCAGUAAAAGGCCUCACAUUCUUGUCUUUGCAAGUCUCUUCAGUUACACAAUAAGGGGCUGGUCAAAACUUCUUAUGAAAACCUACACCUGGGAGGUGGGGGGUUUGUAUACUUUUAUAGAGCUUGAAAUAUUCACAUGCCUUCCUGCAACAGAACUACAGC